AUCGACAACGGCAACGGCAACAACAACAACAACAACACCAAUAGCAGUAUCAUCAUCAUUAUCAACAAAUAGUGCCAAAACAUUCACAUGUACAGAAUGUGGUAAAGUUUUCAAUGCUCAUUAUAAUCUUACAAGACAUAUGCCCGUACAUACUGGUGCAAGACCAUUUGUUUGUAAAGUAUGUGGAAAAGGUUUUCGUCAAGCAAGUACAUUAUGUAGACAUAAAAUUAUUCAUACGGCAGAAAAACCACAUAAAUGUCAAUUCUGUGGAAAAGCAUUUAAUCGUAGUUCAACAUUGAAUACACAUGUAAGAAUACAUGCCGGUUAUAAGCCAUAUAAAUGUGAAUUCUGUGGUAAAGGUUUUCAUCAAAAGGGUAAUUAUAAAAAUCAUAAAUUAACACAUAAUAAUGAAAAAGCAUUCAAAUGCGAUAUUUGUGGCAAAGCAUUUCAUCAGAUUUAUAAUCUAACAUUUCAUUUGCAUACACAUAAUGAGAAGAAACCAUUUCAAUGUCAAACUUGUGGCAAAGGAUUUUGUCGUAAUUUUGAUCUCAAAAAACAUAUUCGUAAAUUACAUGAUGAUAAAAUUGAAUCAAAAGAAAUGCAUAAAUCAACUAAAUCAAAUCGAGAAAAAUCAAUCAAUGAAACUGUAAAAUUGACAAAAGAAAUGACAACAACAACAACAACAACACCGAAAAUGAUAUCGCCAACAAUGGUAGCAACGAUUAAAACUGAUAAUUCAACAACAAAUUAUCGAAAUCGUCAUAAAAUAUUAAACAAGAAUCAUCAUUGAAAAUA